GGAGAUAAGCAGGCAGGGUGUAACCAUACCUGACGCAGGUGUGUCAAGUGCGUGUGUUGUUUUCGGUCUCCUCGAACAACCAGGCAGCCGUCAUUAACCUUCACAGGUCGGCAUCUAUAGACAAGCAUCAUGGUGGUGAAGAUUAAAGUCGAAUACUGCGGCGGAUGAGGCUACGCGCCGCGCUUCCAUGAGCUGAAGCGAGACAUCAACGCGAUGUUUCCUGAUGCGGAGGUGUCUGGCUUCGUGGGCAGGAGAGGAAGUUUUGAGAUAGAGAUCAAUGAACAUCUGGUCUUCUCAAAGUUAGAAACGGGUGGUUUUCCUUAUGAUGAGGAUAUUAUGGAGGCCAUUGGUAAGGCUAAGGAUGGAAAGCCAGAAAAGAUCACCAGAAACCGCAAAGAGUGCAUCAUCCUCUAAUGCUUUGACCUCUGAUCCUCAUUACCAUCUCAGCAGAGAUGAGCUUCCAUCUCCUCUUUCCGAUCCACGUGAACAUCUUAUUGGUCUAUUGCAGAAAAUGGUUUAUUUGUUUUAAAAAAAUCUUCACUUGUCUCCUUUAUGGCUCUAGUUUUUUUGACGUAAAUGAUUGCCGUAACUUAAAGUUCAAAAGUUAUGGUAUGAGGCCUUAGUCCAGAAAACUAUAACUGAAGUAGAGUAAUAAAGAAGAUAGUGAAGAGAAGAGUUACCCAACUUUAUUUUUCUUUUCAUUUGACAGACAGAAUAAUCCUUUUAUUCUUAAAAUAUAAUGCAUGUUUAAUCUUGUUCUUAUACCUAAAACAUUACUUAAAUUUACUGAGUAGAAUAUCAAAGAUUAUGUUAUUAGAAUGAACUCUGUAGCGAAUUAGACAAAAAGGAAUUGUUCCCCCAAAUUAUUUUGGAGUAAAGUGUCCUAGAUUACUGAAACUGAUGAUUUAACUACACUGUAAAAAAAAAAAAAAAAUAUAUAUAUAUAUAUAUAUAUAUAUAUAUAUAUAUAUAUAUAUAUAUAUAUAUAUAUAUAUAUAUAUGUUUCUUUAUUGCAUGGGCGUUUUUUGAGUAUUACUUCCAAAAACAUGAGAACUUUUUUAAAAUUUUGUCAUUGGAUAAACAGUAAAUUGAGUUUAUAAGUUUUCACAGUGUAGCUCAAAGGUAAUUGGCACCUCAUUUUAGAUUUAUAAAACUAUUUCUGUGCUCCAUGUUAAAAAUAAAUAGAUUCUGAAAAUAUUUGCAGAUUGUUUUAAUGAGUUAAGGUUUGUCACAUAUAGGCUACCUAAAAUGUAACCCUCAUUAAACUGCUUUGCUUUAUAGGCUAGUAAAUUUAAUAAACAUUAUCAGUGAAUUCUUUAAUUGAAAUCCUACAGGUUGUAAUCAUUUUUCACCAGCAGUAGAGGGCGUUUCUCAAUGCAACUGUGUUGCUGUUCAGUAUAUUUGCUAUCAUAUUCAUUUCUGUUCAUGCAUUAACAAAACAGGGGUGAAACUGUUUAAACUAAGCCAUCUUUAAUAAAGAAGGUUUCAUACUUGCAAA